AUGGAGCUGCCCUUCACAAAUCUUGAAGUAGCUUUCAUCUUGCUGGCUUUUGUUAUUUUCUCCUUGUUUACCCUGGCUUCCAUCUACAGUGACCCCCAUGGCAACAAAGAAGCAAAACCAGAGAGUACUGAAAUAUGCCAGCAGUACACACAGUUUCAUUAUAUACAUCUCGCUAAUUGCAUUUCAAUUUACUCAUAUGGGGUACAAAAAAAAAAAAAAAAACACCAAAAAAAAGAAAAACAAACAAACAAACAAACAAACCCAAACAACAAAGAGGAACAUGAGAAUGAAAAUGUAUAUUUGUAA